CUGAAGCAGCCAGAGAUUACAAUAUUGAUCCUUCUCUUGUUUAUGAUUCCAUUUCUGCUCUGUGGGGUCUCAUACUCUGAUUCUCCUCCUCUUUGCUCUUGCUGUAUGCUGUAGUGACUGUAGAUUGCAACUCUGAAGCGGAUCCAUUCAAUGUCCUCCAGAGCUGGGACCCAACUCUAGUCAAUCCAUGCAUUUGGUUUCACGUCACAUGCAAUUUGAAUGACAGUGUUACAAGAGUGGACCUCAGCAAUGCUGGACUAUCAGGACCUCUAGUACCUCAGCUGGCAAUAUUGAAAAAUCUUCAAUAUUUGAUUCCACUUCUGCUCUAUGGGGUCUCAUACUCUGAUUCUCCUCCUCUUUGCUCUUGCUAUAGUCACUGUAGAUUGCAACUCUGAAGGUGAUGCUCUGAUUGCUUGGAAGCACGCAUUAGCGGAUCCAUUCAAUGUCCUCCAGAGCUGGGACCCAACUCUAGUCAAUCCAUGCACUUGGUAUCACGUCACAUGCAAUUCUAAAAACAGUGUUACAAGAGUGGACCUCGGCGAUGCUGGGCUAUCGGGACCACUAGUACCUCAGCUGGCAAUAUUGAAAAAUCUUCAAUAUUUGGAAGUAUUUGCUAACAACCUCACUGGAAAUAUUCCGAGAGAGAUAGGUACGUUAAAGGCCCUAAUUAGCCUGGAUCUGUAUCAAAAUAAACUAUCAGGGACUAUCCCAGCAUCACUUGGAAACUUGAAGCUCUUGAGAUUCCUGAGAAUAAACAGUAACAAGCUAUCUGGGAAAAUACCAACCGCGGUUAUUCAACUCAUUCAAUUUGGCCAAUUAAAUAUUAUGAAUGUAUCAGACAAUCAAUUGACGGGGAGUGUCCACCACCACAAUAAAACAGAGUUUGCAGUUACAACAAUCAUACAAGACCCAAAAGCUUGAAAGCAGUUGAACCAGCACAGAAUAAAUUCAUGAUUUAUUGUAAAGAAAAAUAAGUGGUUUGGUUUAUUUUUACUGCAUCUUCAUAUUUGAAUUUUUGGAUGUACACCAAGAACAUUCAUGUGUGUGUGUAACCUGAAUAAGUAUACAUUCAAAUGGGCUCAUCUAUUAAAGCCCACUAUUAUGAUUA